CCCCUCUCGUCCUCUAUGCUGUCCUCUGCCUUGCUCAAUCCAAGUUUGCGACAGGCCACAUAUCGAUUGCCUGAUGGCACUCUUGUCACCAGGACAGAGCCCACACCUGCACCCUCCCCUUCCUCAUCUAUGCUUUCUUCUGCACUUUUGAACCCCAAUUUACGUAAAGCCACAUACAGGCUGCCAGAUGGAACUUUGGUUACAAGAAACGAGCCAGCACCGGAACCUGUCAUCCCUUCCUCCUCUAUGCUCUCCUCUGCUCUUCUCAAUCCUAAUGUUCGCAAGGCAUCUUAUAGAUUACCAGAUGGUUCCAUUCUAAAACGUCCAGAUGAGGAGACACAGAAUGCUGAGACUACAGUCUCAUCACCGGGGUUAUCAAGCGCCCUAAUGAAUGCUAACCUGCGUAAGGCAAAGUUUCAGCUCCCAGAUGGAUCAGCAUUGUUUUCACGAAACCAAACCCAAGCUCCCACCUCUGGCUCCUCUGGUCCUCUCCUUUCUGGUGCCAUGCUUAACACAAACCUCCGUGGUGCCUCCUACAGACUCCCAAGCACAUCACUAUUAAGGCAGCCUGGUUCUGUUGAUACCUCUGAGUCACGCUCCCUCGACCUUUCAAAGGCUCUCCGCAACCAGAACCUCCGAUCUGCCACCUACCGUUUGCCAGAUGGAACUCUGAUGACCCCCUCUCAACCAAGUACUGCACCCCGCACACUUGACUUGUCUAAUGCUUUGUCAAGGAACCCAAACCUUCGUGGGGCAAAGUACCGUCUCCCCGAUGGUAAUAUCAUGACACGGCUUGGUGCCCCUAGCACCCCAGAACCUCGCACACUUAACCUCUCUGGUGCCCUGCAGAACCCUCAUCUCAGGGGUGCCACUUUCCGCCUACCUUCCUCAUAUGCUGUAGUGUCACCCCAGGUCCAGGGAUCCAACCCUGAACAGCACUGGGCACAGGGCUCCGGGGUUGAAGGCUUGGGACUGCAGCAAGAUAUGGAUAUGUGGGGUGCAGAGAGGGUUCUACCUCACGGGACAGUGCAGAACCUCAAUAAGUGGUCCAUGUAUAGAGACGGGGAGCUCCUUGAUCCCUACAGCCUGAUGGGCCAAGGACAUGUGGGGCAUGAACCAGGGGAGUGGAAUCUCAGCAGGGAGGGGGAACCACAGGGGCACUGGUUUGACAAGAUGUACUCAAUCAGAAGCCUGCCCACCAUGACUCACCGGGAGCAACGUGAGGAAGAUGGAGUGGAAGAUAUGACACAGCUAGAGGAGAUGCAUGAAGGGGCUGUUCUGCUUAACCUGAGGAAAAGAUUUGAGAGGGAGCUUAUUUAUACGUACAUAGGUAGUAUCCUGGUGUCUGUGAACCCCUAUAAGAUGUACAACAUCUAUGGGACGGACAUGGUACUGCUGUACAAGGGUCAUGCUCUUGGAGAGAACCCUCCGCAUUUGUUUGCCAUAGCAAACUCUGCUUAUUCCAAAAUGAUGGAUGCCAAACACAACCAGGUCAUAAUAAUCAGUGGAGAGAGCGGAUCUGGGAAAACAGAGGCCACCAAACUAGUCCUCCGCUACCUAACAGCAAUACACCACAAAAGCAAUCUUGCACAACAGAUUGAGAUACUUGAGGCAGCUCCUCUGCUGGAAUCAUUUGGAAAUGCCAAAACUGUACGGAACGAUAAUUCCAGUCGCUUUGGGAAAUACAUAGAGGUCUUUCUGGAGGAUGGUGUGAUCUGUGGUGCCAUAACCUCUCAGUAUCUACUGGAAAAGUCCCGUAUCGUCUUCCAGGCCAAAGAUGAGAGGAACUAUCACAUCUUCUACGAGAUGCUGGCAGGUCUCCCCUCGCAGCAGAAGCAGGCUUUCUAUCUUCAAGAGGCUGAGACCUACUAUUAUCUCAACCAGGGAGGAAAUUAUCAGAUAAAAGGAAAGAAUGAUGCAGAGGACUUCCUGCGUCUGCUUGCUUCCAUGGAGAUACUUCACUUCACCCCUGAAGACCAGUCGGCCAUCUUUCGAGUUCUUUCUUCCAUACUGCACAUGGGCAACAUCUACUUUCAGAGAUAUGAGGCUGAUGGCCAGGAGGUGGCGUCAGUAGUGAGCGCUCAGGAGAUCAGAGUAGUGGCAGAGCUGCUGCAGAUCUCUCCAGAGGGACUACAGAAAGCCAUCACCUACAAAGUCACAGAGACAAUGAGGGACAAGAUUCACACCCCACUGACUGUGGAAAGUGCUGUCGAUGCCAGAGAUGCUGUUGCCAAGAUCCUGUACUUGCUGCUCUUCCGUUGGUUAACAGAGAGGAUCAACGCUCAGGUGUAUCCCCACCAACACACCCUCUCCAUCUCUAUCCUGGACAUUUACGGAUUUGAGGAUCUAGCCUUCAACAGCUUUGAGCAGCUUUGCAUUAAUUAUGCAAAUGAGUACCUGCAGUUCUUCUUCAACAGAAUCAUAUUCAGGGAAGAACAGGAGGAAUACAGCCGGGAACAGAUCCCAUGGCAGGACAUCCCAUUCAGUGACAACCAGCCUUGCAUUGACCUCAUUGCUGCUAAGCCUCAUGGGAUACUGAGAAUUCUGGAUGACCAGAGCUGUUUCCCACAGGCAACAGACCACACUUUCCUCCAAAAGUGUCACUAUCACCAUGGCAACAGCCCACUGUAUCUGAAGCCAAAGAUGCCCCACCCAGAGUUCACCAUCAAGCACUUUGCUGGCCGGGUCACCUACCAGGUUUACAAGUUCCUCGAUAAGAACUACGAUCAGGUCCGUCAGGAUGUCCUGGACCUGUUCAUUCAGAGCAAGAACAAGAUGGUGUCAAACCUCUUCCUGGUUCACGCAGAGGUCACGGGUCGGCAGGGAGGAGGUCACAUGAGGAAGAGCAGCACAGUCACCAGAAAAUACCAAGCCCCCACCGUCAGCAGCAAGUUCCAGCAGUCCCUGCUGGAGCUAGUGGAGAAGAUGGAGAGGUGCAACCCUUUUUUUGUUCGCUGCAUUAAGCCAAAUAACAUGAAGCUACCAGGUGUGUUCGAGGACGACCUGGUCAGCAGCCAGCUGAGACACUCGGGUGUCCUAGAGACCAUUAGGAUCCGUAGAGAGGGGUAUCCUGUCAGAAUGCCAUUCUACGUCUUUCUGUUCAGGUAUAAGUCCCUGGUGGGGAUGCCAGAGCCUCCAGCAGCAAAUGGAGAGAACUGUGUGAUAAUGCUCAGUAAGCUGUGUCCUCUCAGACAGGGAGCCUACCACGUUGGAGUCACAAAGCUGUUUCUCAAGGAAGACAUCUACCAGUUAUUGGAAUGUAAACGGGAGCGCACCCGUCAUCUUGCUGCUCUCACCCUGCAGCGCUACACCCGCAUGUUCUUUGUCAGAAAACGCUUUGUGGCCUUUCGCAAAAAGAUCAUUGGGCUGCAGGCACAGUGCCGAGGCUUCCUCACUAGGAAGCGCUAUGUGAAAAUGAGGGAGAGUCUUGUUCGGUUCCGCUCUCUUGUACACAUGUACGUCAACCACAAGCGAUACAUCAAGAUGAAGUUUGAAUCCCAAAGGAAAGCUGAAGAGGAGAGAAGGAGGAGAGAGAUGGAGCUGACCAAGAGGGAGGUGGUGAACGUCACACACUUGGUGAUCCCUGCAGAGCUGGGGGCAUUACUGCAGACGGCAGGAGUCAGGAGGGAGUUGCACUCAGACUGUUUGGCUCUGCUUCAAGCUCCUCAUAUCCAGGAAGAGGCUCAGCUCACUCUGCCUCUGGACAUCAACAACUACCCGUUCUACCGCUAUGUACAGAUCUACUUCAGGGAACCAAAGUUUGGGAUGUUGAUGGCACCCCUGGAGUCACCUCUUACCCGCCUAGAGGAGGACCUGAGAGGAGAAGCUCUGGAGCUCUUCAUCAUGGUAUUACGAUUCAUGGGGGACCCUCACCUGAACGGGGCACAGGAGAACAUGUUUGGGAAUUACAUAAUCCAAAGGGGCCUGUCAUCGCCAUCUCCGGGGUUACGGGAUGAGAUCCUGGCUCAGGUUGUCAACCAGGUGUGGAGGAAUGUGAACUCUGACAACGCUGAGAGAGGCUGGCUGCUGCUGCUGGCGUGUGUCUGCAGCUUCGCCCCGUCGACCAAGAUGGACAAAUAUCUACUAAAGUUUGUAUCUGACCACGCCCCUGCUGGUUGCCAGGCAUUACUGCAACACAGGCUCAUCCAAGCCAAUCAGAAGACACAGCUAGGCUCAGGCUCCGCCCCCGAGGCUGCUCGGACCUAUCCACUGUCGCUGCUGGAGUGGACAGCCAAUAGGAAGAAGGCCAACAUGGUGUUGCACAUGCACUGUCUUGAUGGAGAAUCAUUCCUGUGUCCGGUCCAUUCCUGGACCAGUGGAGAGGAUUUAGCAGGGGACAUACUGCGCCACAGGGGAGUGUCCGACUGGUGGAGGGGGAGUUCAGUUCUGAUGAAGGAGCGCGGCCAGUGGGUAGAGUUGGCGGGUCACGACUAUGUGAUGGACCUGAUUGCAGACCUGGAGCUUCCGCCUGACUUCCCAAAGCAGAAGAGCUAUUUCGUCAUCAGCACUGACGACCCUGCUAGAGUCAGAGCUAAUGCCAGUCUAGCUUUGUUUGGCACUGGCUUUGACUCAGAUGAGGAGCUUCCUCCUGCCUUUCCUCUCAGCAGCAGCAGCAGACCAGCCUACAGUCUGCCGGACUCUGACGGUUACUACAGCCAUGUAGAGUCGGAUGCGUUCAGUGACGGUCAGACUCAGAGAGGAAUGGACCGUUACCUGGACAGUCUGUUUGACCCUGUGCUGUCAGACAGCAGCAUAGACAUGAAAAAGACUGGAAGUUUGUCAGCAAGGAUGAAGGGAGGAGGAGGCGUAGGCAUCCCAGGAGGAGGAAGAGGAGAGGGGGAGAGUCAUGCGACUCCCAGCCGGCCUUAUCCACCAGGAAUACAUCCCGGAGGAUCAGAGCAGGCAGUACUGACUCAACAGCAACAGGCCAUAAUCAACCAGCAAGCUAUGAUUCUGGCCCAGCAGAUGACAAUGCAGGCCAUUGCGAUCCAGCAGCAGAUGUUGUCUUCCUUCCCCCCCGUUGCCCCGGCCCCCCAGUCACCACCCUCCCAGCAUCAUCACGCACACUUGCCACAUGGCUCUGACACAGCCAGCCCUAACAAAGAGAGUGAAGAGUCGCCGUACAAGCCUGCUGCUGUUCAGCGAAAAACUAGUCCAACACGUGGCCCCCCUCCUGAGGACGUGGUCCGAUCCAGCGCGAGUAACACAGAACGUGUAGAUCCCAGCCACGACAUCAAAGACAUCAUCAAACAUCACCAGCCUGCCAGCACAACAACUUCUACUGGACCUGCUACACAAAGGAAAGGUGAUGGAAAGAUGUUUGCAAAGAAGCCAGACCCACAUGAUGAAGCGAUGGAGAUCCUUAAAGAUCAGAUGGCAAAUCCACCACAACCGACUCAAAGGAAGCCUCAGUCCUCUCAACAUAAACAAGAGGGAGGACUGAAGGUUUCCAAGAUGAACAAGUCUCGCCAUGAGGGUCUUGCGAGCUCCAACAUAAGCCCCGCCCCUCCUCCAGUCUCUAGAGAGUUGCCAAUAGAGGAGGAGAUUGUUCAGACUCAACUCCACAGCAGGACCAGUGAUGAAUAUUACACUUACUCCAACGUCCCCUGGAAGAUCUACAUGAGGAAAGAGGUUUUCUAUCCUAAAGAGACUUUCAACAAUCCACUGAUUCUGGACCUGAUCUUCAGACAGGUUGUACAUGAUACCUUCUCCGAGGCCUGCAUCCGCAUCACCCAGGAGGAAAGACUGAAGAUGAAGGCUUUGUUUGCUGAAAACAAAGUGGAUCAGGUUUCAGGAACGCAUGAUGAGAACGUGAAGAAGAAAGUAGCCGCCAUGGCCAGAGACUCAUGGGACAUUUAUUUCUCCCGCCUCUUCCCAGCUUCUGGCAGUGUGGGAACAGGAGUGCAGGUGCUGUCUGUGUCUCAUAAAGGCAUCAAGCUGCUUAAGAUGGUGAAGAGCAGCUCUACUGCUCCAGACUACUUCAGAGUGCUGAGGCCUUACAGCUAUUCGGACAUCCUGUUCGUGUCGAUUCCGUCUAAGAACAUGCUGGAGUUCAACCUGACCAACGAGAAGCUGAUCCUGUUCUCGGCCAAGGCGCCACAGGUCAAACACAUGAUCGACCACUUCCUCACAGAGCUUAAGAAGGACUCAGAGUACGUGGUGGCGGUGAGGAACUAUGUUACAGAGGACAGGACUCUGCUCAGCUUCCACAAAGGAGACAUUAUCAGACUACAGCACAUGGACGGGCUGGAGGCCGGAAAACAUUACGGCUGCAUAGUGAGGAAGAAGGUCAUGCUUCUGGAGGAGCUGAAGAGAGACACUUCUGAGUUUGGCUGGCGGUUUGGGGCUGUGUAUGGAAAAUCAGGACUGUUUCCCACUGAGUAUGUCCGUCCUGUGGCUGCUCCGGACUUCCUGGUUCUCCCUGCUGAGCGCGUGGAGCCUCGAGACAGACAGGGACGAGUGGCUGCAUCCGCUGCUAUCGCCGUGGCAAUGGGCUCAGCUGUAGCUGCCCAUGAGCUUGACCUCUCCACAGAGGCAGUAAAUGAGAUGUAUGGGGAGAGUCUGAGCGCCGAACUGGACGAUCUGCCUCUGCACAGCGGCCAGUACCAUAUGACUGAGUUUGCCAAGAAAUACUUUAGAGAGGCACAGAGAAACAGAAGUGAUCAAAAAGCCAAAAAGGGGAAGGACGGAAGAGAUCCUGCUGACAUGGUCAAAUUCUCCAAGUCUCCGAUCCAGGAGUCUCUGAUCGACUUCUCCGACAGUGGGAUGAACAGAGUGGCAGCUGACAUCUUCUUAGCCAUAAUGAAGUUCAUGGGAGAUUUCCCACUGAAAGGUCAGACUGAACAGGACCUGGUCACCACUAUACUGAAGUUAAGUGGCGACCAUGGCCUGAUAAAGGAUGAGGCCUACUGCCAGGUGAUGAAACAAGUUACGGUCAACACCAGCUCCAAACCGGACAGUUGCCAUAGAGGAUGGAGGCUGUUGUACAUCCUGACAGCUUUCCAUCGCUGCUCUGAUGUUAUGAAGCCAUUUCUGCUGAAGUUUCUGCAGGACGCCUGUGAUAACCCUGGGAUGCAGUACCAAGGUAUUGCCAAGGCAUGUGAGCAGAAUCUGAGGAGGACUUUUCAAUAUGGUGGACGUGCACAGUAUCCUAACAGCAUGGAACUCAAGGCUAUGCUGGCUGGGCGGAGCUCCAAGAGACAGCUGUUCCUGCUACCAGGUGGGAUCGAAAGGCACUUGAAAAUCAAGACGUGCUCUGUUGCUUUGGAUGCCAUCGAGGAGCUUUGCUACGAGAUGGGGCUACAGAGGGUGGAGGCUUUGGAUGAAUAUGCCAUCUUUCUGGUCACACACAGAGGUCAGAAUGUGCGUCCCCUGAACAAGCGCGAGUACAUCCUGGACAUCGCAACAGAGGCAGAACCAGUGGAUGCCAACUACAGUCUGUGGUUCAGGAGAGUCAUAUGGAGUCUGGCUCUCAAACUCGACAAUGAACUCUAUGUCACCAUGCACUACAAUCAGGUGUUGCCUGACUACUUGAAGGCCUUGCUGAGUGUGGUUCCUCAGGGAAAGGCCAGUGAACAGCACCUGCAGCAGAUCGCCAGACUGGCUGCCCUACAGCACCGUGCCAAGGACACCGUCUACCUGCCCACCCUCCGUGAGGUGCAGGAGUGUGUCCCCCCACUGUUAUACAGCAAACAGGGUUCACAGCAUUGGCUGAAUAUGACAACUCAACACAUGCAGCAGGUCCAGCCUUUAAAUCCACACCAGGCCUGUGCACAGUUCCUUGGUCUGGUCAGUGCCUUCCCCAUGUUCGGCUCCUCCUUCUUCUACAUCCAGAGCUGUAGCUCCGCUUCCAUCCACGCCCCGUGCAUCCUGGCAGUAAAUCUGAAUGGACUGCACUUUCUUAACAAGGAUACCCACGAGGCCAUGGUGCGUUUCCCUCUGAAGGAGGUCCAAUCAACUCGCACCCAGAGACCAACAUCAGGCUCCAGUUAUCCAUAUGUGGAGAUCAUGAUAGGAGACCUGCUCAAUCAGCGCAUCACACAGCUACAGCUGGAGCAGGGCCUGGAGCUGUGCCGAGUCGUUGCCAUGCACAUGGAGAACAUGUUGUCAGUCAGGGAAAAGAGACUGACUUUGCCACCAAGCGAAAUCACCCUGCUAUAGCACAAACAUGCACACACAGAGAAGUCAUACUUUAUGCCUACUAAAUGUACUGUAUCUACCUCUAUUUUAAAAAUAGGAUAUUUUCAUAUGUAAUGGUAAUGUUUCUGUAAUGUGAUGAAUGUAUGGUGAUGAUGUUGAUAAUGAUCUUGCACUGAACAAGGGUAUAGGAACCUUUGCUGUCGUUGGCUCUGUACAAAGAAACUACAGUGUGUGAAAGAUAAA